UCCGCUCCAUCUUCCAGCUCCAACCGUGUCUAACUAAACCGCAUCUUCCAUCUUCGCGCUGGGAAAGACUGCAUUAACAACACAUACUUGUAUUUCUCGUCAGUUCUUACAUCACUGAUUUGAGAAGCUGUCAAAAUGACCGACUCCAAGUAUUUCACCACGAACAAAAAAGGUGAGAUCUUUGAGCUGAAAGCUGAGCUAAAUAAUGAGAAGAAGGAGAAGAGGAAAGAAGCGGUUAAGAAAGUCAUUGCGGCCAUGACAGUGGGCAAGGAUGUCAGUUCCUUAUUUCCGGAUGUGGUGAACUGCAUGCAGACUGAUAACUUGGAGCUGAAGAAGCUGGUUUACCUGUAUCUUAUGAACUAUGCCAAGAGCCAACCCGACAUGGCCAUCAUGGCUGUUAACAGCUUUGUCAAGGACUGUGAGGAUCCAAACCCACUGAUCCGAGCAUUGGCUGUACGCACGAUGGGUUGCAUCCGUGUGGAUAAGAUCACCGAAUACCUGUGCGAGCCUUUACGGAAGUGUCUGAAGGAUGAAGACCCCUAUGUGAGGAAGACAGCAGCGGUGUGUGUGGCCAAGCUGCAUGACAUCAACGCCCAAAUGGUGGAGGACCAAGGCUUCCUGGAUUCUCUUAGGGAUCUGAUUGCUGACUCUAACCCAAUGGUUGUGGCGAAUGCAGUCGCAGCUCUGUCUGAAAUCAGCGAGUCUCACCCCAACAGCAACCUUCUGGAUCUCAAUCCUCAGAACAUCAAUAAACUCCUGACGGCUCUCAACGAGUGCACUGAGUGGGGCCAGAUCUUCAUCCUGGACUGCCUUUCCAACUAUAACCCCAAAGACGAACGUGAGGCCCAGAGUAUCUGUGAGCGUGUGACCCCUCGACUGUCUCAUGCUAACUCGGCCGUGGUGCUGUCGGCUGUGAAGGUACUGAUGAAGUUUCUGGAGCUUCUGCCUAAAGAUUCAGACUACUACAACACUCUGCUGAAGAAACUCUCCCCUCCUCUAGUCACACUGCUGUCUGGGGAGCCUGAGGUCCAGUAUGUGGCCCUCAGGAACAUCAACCUCAUCGUGCAAAAACGACCAGAGAUUUUGAAGCAAGAGAUCAAGGUGUUCUUCGUCAAGUACAAUGACCCCAUCUAUGUCAAGCUGGAGAAACUGGACAUCAUGAUCCGUCUGGCAUCUCAUGCCAACAUUGCCCAGGUGCUGGCUGAACUGAAGGAAUAUGCCACAGAGGUGGACGUAGACUUUGUUCGGAAAGCAGUUCGUGCCAUUGGCCGUUGUGCUAUCAAAGUGGAGCAAUCGGCUGAGCGUUGUGUUAGCACCCUGCUGGACCUCAUCCAGACCAAAGUCAACUACGUGGUGCAGGAGGCCAUCGUGGUCAUCAGAGACAUCUUUCGGAAAUACCCCAACAAGUAUGAGAGCAUAAUUGCCACUCUGUGUGAAAACCUGGACUCUCUGGAUGAGCCUGACGCUCGUGCGGCCAUGAUCUGGAUUGUGGGCGAAUACGCGGAGCGGAUCGACAACGCCGAUGAGCUCCUGGAGAGCUUCCUCGAGGGCUUUCAUGAUGAAAGCACUCAGGUCCAGCUGACUCUUCUAACAGCAAUAGUGAAGCUGUUCCUAAAGAAGCCCUCAGAGACUCAAGAGCUCGUUCAGCAAGUGCUCAGUCUUGCCACUCAGGACUCGGACAACCCUGACCUGCGCGAUCGUGGCUACAUCUACUGGCGUCUCCUGUCCACCGACCCCGUGACCGCUAAAGAGGUGGUGCUGUCUGAGAAGCCUCUGAUCUCAGAGGAGACGGACCUGAUUGAGCCCACCCUGCUGGACGAGCUCAUCUGCCACAUCGGCUCUCUGGCCUCCGUUUACCACAAACCCCCCAAUGCCUUUGUGGAAGGAAGCCACGGCAUUCACCGCAAACAUCUGCCCAUCCAGCACGGCAGUAUCGACACCGGGGAGAGUCCAGUCAGUGGCGGCCCGACUGCUUCCAUCGAUCAGCCUCAAGUCAUUCCAUCUCAGGGUGACCUCCUGGGAGACCUGCUUAAUCUGGACCUCGGUCCUCCGGUCAACGUGCCCCAGGUGUCUUCCAUGCAGAUGGGAGCGGUGGAUCUUCUCGGAGGUGGUCUUGACAGUCUGCUCGGGGGAGAUCUAGGAGGAGGUGUUGGGGGCAGUCCUGCUGUGGGCCAGAACUUCAUUCCGUCAUCAGUGCCCAACACAUUCGCUCCAUCUCCUACACCCGCUGCUCUCAGCAGUGGGCUCAAUGACCUGUUCGAGUUGUCCUCAGGAAUGUCCAGCGCUACAGGAGGUUACGUGGCGGUAAAAACCGUAUGGUUGCCGGCGGUGAAGGCCAAAGGGUUGGAGAUAUCUGGAACCUUCUCUCGACGUCAAGGACACAUGUACAUGGACAUGACCUUUACUAACAAAGCCCUGCAGCACAUGACUGACUUUGCCGUACAGUUCAACAAAAACAGUUUUGGAAUGAUUCCCACUACACCUCUCCCCGUUCACACUCCACUGAUGCCCAGCCAGUGCAUCGAUAUCUCCCUCCCUCUCAACACCAUCGGGCCUGUGAUGAAAAUGGACCCACUCAACAACUUGCAGGUGGCUGUGAAAAACAAUAUUGAUGUCUUCUACUUCAGCACGCUGAUCCCUCUUAGCAUCUUUUUCGUGGAGGACGGCAAAAUGGAGCGUCAGGUGUUCCUGGCCACAUGGAAGGACAUUCCUAAUGAGAAUGAAUUGCAGUACCAGAUCAAAGAAUGCCACUUAAAUGCAGAUAUGGUGUCAGGCAAACUGCAGAACAACAACAUCUACACCAUCGCCAAGAGGAACGUGGAAGGCCAAGACAUGCUGUACCAGUCGCUCAAACUCACCAACGGGAUCUGGAUCCUCGCUGAGCUCCGCAUACAACCUGGCAAUCCCAAUUACACGCUUUCUCUGAAGUGCCGGGCUCCAGAAGUCUCUCAGUAUGUGUUCCAGAUGUACGAUGCCAUUCUGAAGAACUAGACGUCUCCAGUCUCCUCCGUACCCAUGUGCCCCUCCCCAGGCAGUCACCACCAUUCCGUUGGCACAGGAUCCAGCUGCAGUUCACCAUGUUUUGAGUUUCACAAUAAGAGGAUCAUCUGCAUGUUCUGUCCUUGAUGUCGUUGAGAAAGUGUUGGAGGAGUACCGUUCCUGUGAGAUUAUAUAUUUUUUAUUUUGAAAGCGAAGCAUUAUCAGGUAUUCACCUGUGCACAUGCCCUGUAUUUGUCAUGUGUAACUAUUCCAGUAGGAGAAAAAUGUGUUUGAGCCAACAAGCCUUCAGGGUGAAUGAGAACGUAGGGAAGCAGGUGUCCGACAUGCAGGCACUUCCAGAAAUGUGUUGUAGGUGUAUUUUUGGAUAUUGUACUGUUUUAAUAGUAACCCCUCAGACGCCACUAUAUUCUGUUGUUCUAGUUGCCAUCCGUAUUGCAUUCUGGCAAUAUUUGCUUUCGUUGCUUUGUGGUACAUCUAUUUGAAAUCAGAUUUGCAUGCCUUGACCAACGUGAACGGAACAUUCCUUACAAUUUUUGUGUUACUUGUUCAUCUUAACCAAUUGAACUAACAUGCUGACGCUCAAUCUAUGUCUUACAGUGUUUCAACUGCUAUAAAUCAACUCUGUGUUAAAAAGACCCAAAACAUGUUUUCUGUCAAUCUUCUAAAAGUGGGUCAUCUCAUUCCCUGAAACCAUCCAUAUGUGAUUGUGCUCGUGAAAGUGAGUAGGACUUUUUACCAGAGGUGUUGUGCGGUAUCGUUAUGUUCCAUCCUUUGUAGUUUUGGUCUUGGGGAAAUAUUACUAACUCGUGUAUAUCAUUCUCAGCGCUACUUAAAUGCAUUUAUAUGGGGUUGCAAUAAACAAAAUCACCAAUAA